AAAGUUGAUUAAUCUUAUCGAAAAAUUUUUAUCAUAUUUAAAGCUAGUAUAUAAAAUGCAAUGAAAAACGAUUCAUAGGUAUAGUUUAUAUUAAGAAGAAUAACAGAAAUAAUUAAUUGCAAUUAUUUCACGAUGAAAUUUGCUUCGGCAAUUUUUGUUAUCCUGAUUGCAGCCAGUCCCCUGAACGCUUAUAAAAUUCCAGCCACUGGUUCAGGUGCUCUCGCCAAGGAACUCCAAGACUUUAUAGACUUGAUACCGCUCGACCAAAUAAUCCAAGUGACGAAGACGUACUAUGCCCAGGAUACGCAAUUCCGUAACAUUAUUCAAUUGAUGAAAACUGAAGAAUUAAAACAAUGGAUGCUAGAUAUCGAAUCGGCUCCGGAAUUCAAAUUACUGAUAAAUUACGUUCAGAAAAAUGGUCUCGAUAUUUAUUACUUGGUUAAUGAAUUCAACAAAUCUUUAAAUCUUCCGCCUCUUGUUAGUGGAAUUAAAGCCUUUUUCGGUUCUUUCGACAAUAAAAUCACUGGUGGUUUUAUCGGUUAUUUGAUUGAUAUUGCUGCUCUUGUACCGCUAGAGAAGUUGUCUGAUCUGUUCACUGAGAAAAGCAAAAAUUCCGAAGUAUUCAAGGCUUUCAUAGCAGAAGUAUCUUCGUCUAAAUAUUUUGAUUUUUACAACAAUAUUUUCGAAGAUAAACAUUAUAAGAAUUUGGAAAACGAUGCCAUAAAUUUAGGCGUAACUAGAAAUGAUUUCCAUACUUUUUCUCCUAUUUUUGUUAUCGCUGCGACAGCAUUCAAGUAAAUAACAAUGAUUUUGAUGAAUUAAUUGAUUGAUAAAUUAAUUAAUUCAUUUUUACUUUAUGUAAGAAAUAUUUUUUUUCUAAGAAAAAUAAAGUACGCAAUAUAAGAAA